CGCAGGCUCGCUGCUUCGGAGACGCGCUCCGCGCCAUGGCGUCCCAGGCUCGUCGUCGGAGACCCGGGACGGUGGUCCCGGGCGAGGCUGCCGAGACGGACUCGGAGCUGUCUGCUGCGUCCUCUUCGGAGGAGGAGCUGUAUCUCGGUCCUUCGGGCCCGACGCGCGGCCGUCCCACCGGGCUGCGGGUAGCCGGGGAGGCCGCUGAGACCGACUCGGAGCCGGAGCCGGAGCCCACGGCCGCGCCCGGGGACCUGCCUCCGCUCGUGGUGAGGCGGGACGCGGCGGGAGAGACGUGGGCCGCCGAGGAAGCCCCAGCCGCCGUCCCCGCGCGCUCGCUGCUGCAGCUCCGGCUGGCCGAGAGCCAGGCCCGGCUGGACCACGACGUGGCGGCCGCGGUGAGCGCUGUGUACCGGCGUGCGGGCCGCCAUGUGGCCGCCUUGGCUGCGAGACUGGCGGCUGCUCAGGCCACCGGGCUGUCGGCCGCGCACAGCGUGCGCCUUGUGCGCGGGGACCUCUGCACGCUCGCUGACCGCCUGGACAUCGUGGCCGGUUGCCGCUUGCUGCCUGACAUCCGAGGGGUACCGGGCACCGAACCUGUGCAAGACCCGGGACCGAGGGCCUAGCGUCUUACCUGUGGCAGCCUCUAGGAACCUCGGCUGUUUCUUUUACACCGUGUAUCAUCCAUCGCCACCCCCACCCCCCUUCAAUGUUGCUGUCAGCCCUAGGACUAACCUGACCUCCUUGGUCCUGUUCUGGACUGCCUGGCAUUGGUUACGGACCCUGAUUAGAAGCUUGGUGCCAGCCCAUGGUAAGGGUAACUGCUCUUGGGCCUGUAUCCACCUGGGGGCAACCAUCCCAACCAUCCUUGCACCUGCCCACAAGAACCCAGAGUAAGGGUCUGUUCCUUCUACUUGGCCUCCAGUCCUUCAAUGACACCUGCCGACUUCCUAACAGCCCCUCCCCACCCCCCAGACAUGUUACUGGGAUCGAGUUCUUUCUCAGUCUCCUUGUCUCCUGCCCCCUCUGCUGUUCUUGUUUCUUGGAAUCCUGCUGUACCCUUAAGGCUA